CCUGCAACAGGUGGAUCGGUCAGCUGGUCCUCCGGCGUUUGUUGUGACCGUUACCAUGGACUACAGGGGGCGGAAAAAAAUUGAGAACACCUCCGGCCAAUUACCAAAUCGAAAAUUGUCAGUAGCCAAAAUGGAGGACUAUGCGCCAAGUCGCUACAAAAUGCUCGAGAAAAUUGGCGAGGGAGUCCAUGGCUGCGUGUUUAAGGCCAUCGAUUUGCAGCGCAACAAGGAGGUGGCCAUCAAAAAGGUGGCUCUAAAGAACAAAUUCGGAAACAUAGCUUUGAACACUUUAAGGGAAAUCAAAACCCUGCAGCUCUGCAAGUCGGAAUAUAUUCUGGGCAUUAUUGACAUAUAUCCCGACCUAACUGGGCUCUCCUUGGUACUGGAAUACCAGCCGGACACGCUGUACAACCGACUUAAAAGCGAGGUGAAUCCCCUGAGUCGCCAGCAGGUGCGCAAGUUCGCACACCAAAUGUUCAAGGGAAUUGCCUAUCUCCACGAGGCGGGCUUAAUGCACCGGGACAUCAAGCCGGCCAAUUUGCUAAUCAGCGAUGCGGACAUGCUCAAGAUUGCCGACUUUGGCCUGGCCCGCUUGUACUUUCCCGAGGAAGAAGCUCGUCUGUAUUCUCCUCAGGUUUCCACGAGAUGGUAUCGAGCUCCUGAGAUCCUCUGGGGCAGCCAGAAGUACGGAACUGGGGUUGACAUGUGGGCAGCAGGUUGUGUUGUGGCGGAAAUGCUUCGUGGAGUACCUUUGUUUGCAGGAACCACUGACAUAGAGCAGUUGGCCAUUAUUAUACGAACUCUUGGAAGUCCUCGACUUAAUCAGUGGCCUGAAUUGACUUCUCUGCCGGACUACAGCAAGAUAAGAUUUCCCAACUCAGUGGGCAUCCACUGGGACAACUUAUUUCCCAGCUGCACCCACGCGGUGGAAAUCAAUCUGGUCUCAAAUCUAGUUGUUUACAAUCCCAAAAACCGACUCAAAGCCAAGGAGGUGAGUUCAAGAUUAAAACUGUUACACUAUUAA